AUGCAUGCGUCCACUAUCCUCGCCCUCCUCACAGCCUCUGCUGUUCAACUCGUCGCUGCGGGUGGUUUCGCGUCAACAUGCAGCGACAUGUCCUACUCGGGCACCACAUUCACCGCGAAGUGCAAGAACACCUUUGUCGAUCCCUACUUCGAGGACGCCCCCAUCAACUUGUCAAAGUGCCUUGCCAACGUCGGGGGCAAGGUUGUUUGCCGUCCUAAGAGCCCAUCCUUCAAGUUUUGUGACUGCGGUCUUGGCAGUGACAAGAAGAUUUUGAACUGCCGUUGCACCGACUCUACUGGAACUAAGCAACCUUCUUCGCUGAACCUUGAUACCUGCCUGACCAACAACGGCGGAAGCUUGUCAUGCUAA